AUGGACCAGAAAACUUGGCUUUGGAGGAAAAGGUCAUCAGAGAAGACAAUUGUUGCAAAUGGAGAGGAAGUGGAGCCAGUUCCCGUCCAAAGAGAAGUAGAUCUCGAGAAUUCAUUGAAAACAUUGAAUGAGAAGUUAUCUUCUGUCCUUGAUGAGUGUUCAGCCAAAGAUAAACUUGUCCAAGAUUAUGAGAAAAUGGUCGAAGAUGCUGUGGCAGACAAGAACAAAGCAGAGGAAGAUGUCCAGCGUCUGAAAGAAGAACUGGAUGAAGUUCAACAACAGAGAGGGGCUGCAAAUGACAGAUUAGGCCACUUAAAUUCUGCAUUGAAGGACUGCAUGGAGCAGCUGAAUCUAGUUCGGGAUAGUCAAGAGCAGAGAAUUCAUGAUGCUGUGAUGAAAACUUCUCAAGAAUUCGAGAAAGCACAUAAGAGACUGGAAGAAAAGUUACUCGAAACGAGUAAAAGGCUUGCGGAUGUAACUUCUGAGAAUUCUUAUCUUAGCAAGGCCUUACUUGUAAAAGAGAAGUUGAUCGAGGAUCUCAAUCACAUCAAGAGUCAAACAGAGGCUGAAUUUCAAGCCCUGAUGACGAGAUUAGAUGCCAUUGAAAAAGAAAAUGCUUUUCUAAGGUAUGAGUUCCGGGCUCUUGAGAAGGAACUUGAUCUUCGUAAUGAGGAGGUGUUAUAUGGUCGCCGUGCUGCAGAAGCUUCCAACAAACAACACUCAGACAAUAUUAAGAAAAUAAAGAAGUUGGAAGCAGAAUGCCAAAGAUUACGUGCUCUGACCCGUAAACGGCUGCCUGGACCGGCUAUAUUAGCAAAUAUAAAGAGUGAUAUUGAAGUGCAGGGAAGAAGUCCGAUUGAAAAUCGGAGAAAGGCUAUUUCAAUUGUCAAAGACUCCAACACCAUUUACAAUCCCGACAAAACAAGUAAGAAGCUCAGUUUCUUAGUUGAUCAACUGCAGGAUUUGGAAAAAGAAAACAAGAUUCUCAAAGAAUAUUUGGCUAAGAAAGAGGAGGAAAUCUUUUAUCAUCAAAAUGCUAAGAAUUCACCAUUUCAGGAGAAAUUUGAACUGAUUAGGCCCAAUCCUGCACCAAAUGAACUUUCUCUUCCAUCAGGUUACGACAUAGUUGAAGCAAAUGAGAUUACUACUUCUAGUUCCUGGGCUACUGCAAUAAUUCCAGAGCAGGGGCAUGAUAAAUUCACUGACCUGCAAACUGAGCCUGUGCAUAAAAUGAUUGGAGCUUCCGAAAUGAGCCUACUGGACGAUUUUGUCGAAAUGGAAAAAUUAGCAAUAGUUGCUGUUGAAUCCCCACUUGAGGACCAGACGAAUUCCAUGACAAAGGAACUUGUCCCUGUGGGGCAUGCUGAGUUCAGUGACAUGAACAACCAUGAACUCAAGGCAAAAGAAGAACCCAAGGAUUGGCUUCAGGAUGUCAAGAACAUGGUCUUAGAGCAACACAAUAUUUCAAAAAGAAGCCUCGACGAACUUCUUGGAGACAUCAGAAUGGCUUUGAACAACAUUAUCCAUCCCGAGCCUUCAAGGUUGCUUCCGAUAAGUGGCUAUAUCACUUGGAAAUCCCCAGCAUCGUCUCCAAGGUCAAGUUCAAUCCAAGAGUCAAACAAUGAAUUUCAGCAGUCUGAUGUGAAUGCAUCUCAUUCGCGUUUUGAGAUGGAAAGGAAGCAGCCUAACCACUGUGUUACAAGAAUUCAUUCAUAG